AACCCGAGCGACUCGAAAUAGGUUGGAGUGGCUCAAUGAACACCAAAAGCUGACUCGCAAGUGGUUGCAACCAAGUUCGAGCAGCUCGUUGAACACAGCUAUUGUUUUUGUUGACGUUCUCUAAAUUUAUAAUCCAAAGUCGCAAAAUCUCUGAAUUUUAUUAAAAUUUAGUGCCGUUUAAAAGUUUUAAGAGCAUCUAUUUGUGCAGAAAAUGGAAUCAGUGAAGGCCCGAUGUGGAUAAAGUGGACCGGGUAGCCCCGAAGCGUUCGUCACAAAGAAAGUGCGUCGUCUUUUCUGCUUCGGUUGUUGGUUUUCGGGUCAGGGACAAGAUCUGCUGAUACUAGGGAGGAUUUUUCUCUAUCUGGUGCAAGCAAGCAUCUGGAGCGGAACAACCAAUUUGCCGAGACUAGUUUUUGAGGUUGGUUUCCUGUGAUCUGGGCCGUUCAGUUUGCGGCUGCCGCAGUGAUGACCGUGGUCUACCCGAGGAAGAUGCUUUCGCGUUUCCAUCCCUACCAUGGCCAAAACAUAAUUCUGUUCAAUGAGAACACGGUGGCCUAUCGGAAGGCCAGCUUCGGAAACGCCCUGACAUUCAGCGAAAAGCCAUUGCAACCGGGGGAGAUCUUUCUGCUGGAAAUCGAAAAGAACGAACGUGGCUGGAGUGGCCAUAUGAGACUAGGUUUAACACAAUUAGACAUCAAACCAGCUUCCACUCUUCAAUACGCACUUCCGGACUUGGCCAAUCUAGGAUCUAGUUGGGUGUUCCCGAUAACCAGGACGGUGGGCAAUGCAGCUCCUAAAAGUAGCAUUCUGGGGGACGGAAUUAACGUAAAAACAUCCCGAGGCGCGUUCCCCCGUAGUCUCCUGAGGCCAAUCUCGCAGGACGGUGUCAGUGCGGACAUUUUGCCAACGGACACCCAUUCACGGAUUGGUAUAAUCUUUGUCCCAACGCCGAACGAAGUCGACAAAGCCGAAAUGCAUUUCAUAAUCAAUGGGGAGGAUCAGGGCCCCUGCACGCAGGACAUUCCAUACACGAAGGGGGCACUGCACGUGGUGAUCGACGUCUACGGCACAACCAAACAGGUUAAAAUCAUCCAGUUGUACGGUAUUUCCACCCUACAGAGCGCCUGUCGGGAUGCGAUACUGUCCAGGGUAUCGAAGACGGCCAUCCGACAGCUACCGCUACCGGAAAGUUUGAAGGAAUAUCUGUUACAGUAUGGCCCGUAAGGGGAAGUAGGCAAGGUGUAGGCUCGAGAUGCUUUCUAGCUGCUUUCCGGAGGAAAUUGAUUUAAAUCGAGACUGGGAUAUAAUUUCCAAUUCACGUAAUGUUACGGUAUUUUGAGCGGGUUACUCCGGUCGAUUGGCAGCGGGUAUCGUGCCCACAAACAGUAGGGGCAAAAUCUCUGUGUAUAAUCGGUAAUAAUAUAUUUGAUUUGGAUUUAACCAUGUGAUAUAUCUUGAGCCAGCAGAGGGGUGGUCUCCAUUUCCUUCUGUUCCUAACUGACAAACAAGUUUAUUAGUAGUUUAUAGAACAGUGCGGAGAACUUUUCCCAAAUGAUAUGUAAUAGGGAGUCCCUAUUGGUAGCAAUGUAAGAGAUAAUAUAUGUAAUAUGAAUAAGCAGUAAUA